AUGCGUGCGCGAGCUGCGGGGGCUGGAAGUGGGGAGCCGGCCGUGCCGCGCUGCCGGUUCGAGGCCAUGAUCCGGAACGGGCACGGGGAGGCAGGCGGCGCCGAGCGGCCGGGGCCAGGGGGCAGGCGUGCCGUGCGGGUGUGGUGCGACGGCUGCUAUGACAUGGUACAUUAUGGCCACUCCAACCAGCUGCGCCAGGCACGGGCCAUGGGUGACCACCUCAUCGUGGGUGUACACACUGACGAGGAGAUCGCCAAGCACAAGGGGCCCCCGGUGUUCACUCAGGAGGAAAGAUACAAGAUGGUGCAGGCCAUCAAGUGGGUGGACGAGGUGGUGCCAGCAGCCCCCUAUGUCACCACGCUGGAGACGCUGGACAAGUACAGCUGCGACUUCUGCGUCCAUGGCAAUGAUAUCACGCUGACUGUAGAUGGCCGGGAUACCUACGAGGAAGUGAAGCAGGCUGGGAGGUACAGAGAAUGCAAGCGCACCCAGGGGGUGUCCACCACAGACCUCGUUGGCCGCAUGCUGCUUGUGACCAAGGCCCAUCACAGCAGCCAGGAGAUGUCCUCCGAGUACCGGGAGUACGCAGACAGCUUUGGCAAGCUCUCUCACCCGACACCCUCCAGGGAGACACUUUCCUCAGGAGGCUCCUCCCAGUGUCCUGGGGGGCGGAACCCUUGGACGGGGGUGUCCCAGUUUUUACAGACAUCCCGGAAGAUCAUCCAGUUUGCUUCGGGGAAGGAGCCCCAGCCGGGGGAGACGGUCAUCUACGUGGCUGGUGCUUUUGACCUGUUCCACAUCGGGCACGUGGACUUCCUGGAGAAGGUACAUGGCCUGGCGGAGAGGCCCUACAUCAUCGCCGGCUUGCACUUUGACCAGGAGGUCAACCACUACAAGGGGAAGAACUACCCCAUCAUGAACCUGCAUGAGCGGACCCUGAGCGUGCUGGCCUGCAGGUAUGUGUCCGAAGUGGUGAUUGGGGCCCCGUACUCGGUCACAGCAGAGCUCCUGGAUCACUUCAAGGUGGACCUGGUGUGUCAUGGGAAGACAGAAAUCAUGCCUGACAAGGAUGGCUCCGACCCAUAUGAGGAGCCCAAAAGAAGAGGUAUUUUCUGUCAGAUCAACAGUGGGAAUGACCUCACCACGGAUCUCAUUGUCCAGCGCAUCAUCAAGAACAGGCUGGAGUACGAGGCCCGGAACCAGAAGAAGGAGGCCAAGGAGCUGGCCUUCCUGGAGGCCAUGAGACAGCAGGAGGCGCGGCCUGAGAGGGAGAGCGACUGUGACUUCUGACCAGAGGGGAGAGGUCGCCAAGGGCCCUCCGAGUGCUGGCCCUGUCCCAGCCCUGCCUCGAGAGCUUGGCUCGGUUUUUAACAAAGCUGCGGUGCCCUCCUUUCCAACCACCUGGCCGUGGAAGGGCUGGUGUGGAGGACACUGCCUUUCACCCUGCCCGUGAGGUGUCCGUCUUGCAGCAGGCCCUCCUGCCCUUCCUGCCGAGCUGCACAGUGAGGGGAUCCAGCACAGUGGAGCAGCCCAACAGGCAGGAUGAGCAGGGGGCACCUUCAACAGAGGGGUGCCACCCUGCGUGCCCGGAAAGGCCCAGUUUCCAUCCUUUCGGCUCCGCUGCUGCUCUCCAUUCUGCCCCCAGGAAGCUCCUGCAGACCCUGGAUGCCCCCCACCGCCCAGCUCGAGGCCGUGGCCUUCCUGCCCGCCCGGCCUCCGUGGGAGCCAGCGUCAGGGAGCAGUGACCCAGGGCCCCUCCCCCUUUCCUCCUCAGAGUGCAGACCAUGCCACCUCCCACAUGAGUGGCCUCUGCCCUGCAGUGUGUCCCUGGUGCCCCGGGGCCUGUCGCCCGGACGCUGCACCCCCUGCUUCCCGGGCCAGCCUCCCCACAGACUGUUCUCGGUUUUGUACCUGACCAGCUGGUGUGCAACCGAAUAAACCUGCUAGG